AUGACGGGUAUGAUCAAGCUACUUCAAACCCUCGCUCUCCAAACCCCGGCCUUCCUCCGCUCCAAGAAAGCAUCGCCGUUCUCUCUCUACUUCGUCUCUCCCAACCCUACCCUUCAUCCUCAUCCCCGAUCGUCCCUCCGCCUUCCGAAACCUUCGGCCUGCAUCUCCCCGUCGAAUCCAGACCCCGAUGCUAAGCCCAAGCUUCGUCAGCGUCGCCGCAAAACAGAGGGAACCGACCCCGUCGAUGGCGCCUCGGCCGAGGGUUUCGUGCCCCGCAAGCCGAGGCGCGGCCGCCGGAGCGAAUCGGCGGUCGUGGAGGACUUUGUGAGGUCACGACUCCAGGAUACUUUCACUGCGAUCAGAGAGCAGAACGCGGGGCUUCUGGAGAGGAAGCACGAGGUUCUCAAAGCGAGGAGGACCGACGAAGAGGAGGAGGAGGAGGAGGAGGAGGAGAAGCGCAGCGAGGGUGAGGAUCUGUCGGUGGAGGAUGAUGAUCCGGAAUGGCCGCUCGACGCCAAGGUUGGAUGGGGGAUCAGGGAUUCCGAGUACUUUGAGAAGAAUCCCAUCAAAAACGUCGUGGAAGAAGGGGUGGAGAUCGAUUGGGAAGGGGAGAUGGAUGAGGGUUGGGUGAAGGAGAUCAAUUCCUUGGAGUGGGAGAGCUUUGCGUACCACCCGAGCCCUCUUGUUGUUUUGGUGUUCGAACGCUAUAGAAGGUGA